AUGGCCCUGUCCCGGGAGCAUGCCGAUACCCGCCAGGGUGGGGAGGGCACACACGAGAAGGCGGCGACCACAACAGCCAGAAGAAAGAACAAAGAGAAGCAAACAGCGAGAGCAGGAAGCACAAAGAGAGCGAGGCAGUCGAGAACAACGGGAAAAGGAGAAGACGAAAGCAAGAGAGGGAAAAUAGAGGGAGACAAGAGCGGGCCAAAAGAGGACACAAAAGGGGGCGCUAAGACACCGGGAGGGGAAGAAAAGCAGGGGGACGCGAGCGGAACGAAAGACACAAGUAAAAGGGGCCGGAAAACACCAAGCACCGGGGGGCGUGGAGGGCAUGAAGAGAGAGCGAAGGGAGCGAAGCAAAGAGGAGCGAGAGGGGAUGGGGACGCGCGCGGGCGAGGCCCGCGAAGGCGAGAGCGAGGGGGGAUGGGGGGGCCGCGCGAAGCCUGCGAACGCGACCCCGGGCCUGACGCACCGGCCACACGAAAGCAGCGCCGGGAGCGAAGGUUAGACGACGCCUCAGCCGGAGCGAUCACAAAGGAAUCGCGCGGCGGCGACGAGAGGAAGAGGAAGCCGAGGCGAGAGAGGCGAGCAACGGGAGAGCGUAAAGCAGUGGAGGGGGAGGACGGAAGAAAGAAAAGGAGGACGGCGAGGGGGGUCGGUCCGGGGACUGAACAGGGGCCAUGA